GAGGGGGGAGCGGGCGGUUUGUAGGCUGAGGUUCACUUUUCUGUAGAUAGGGGCAUAGUUGGUGUAGCGACUCUGAGUGGGAGAUGGACGGAGAGCGCUUUUCCGAUUAGCGAAAAGCAACUCAAAUAAGAAUUAUUGAAAUAAUAGAGAACGGGUUGACGAAACAAAUAGAAAACAUAUACCUUCGUCCAUCUUUCACAUCCACUCCACACACACUAACACGGCAUUGAUGGUAAUGUAUGCAAGGAAACAACCGAGACUCAGCGAUGGGUGCAACGACCGAAGGGAUUCACAGCCCUAUCAGACACUCAAAUACUCCUCGAAGAGUCAUCCCAGUGGGGAUCACCGCCAUGACAAGAUGCGAGACACUGCAGACGCCACUCCUCCAUGUAAAAUGCUUCGGCGAUCUGACAGCCCUGACAACAAACAUAUUGACAGCACGGGGCAUGGCAGGGCCAAGGCAGUCCAUGUCCACCGGACCAGAGAGAGGGAUGGAGGGACCAGUUAUUCUCCACAGGAGAACUCACUCAACCACAGCACCCAUCAUAGCAGCUCCAAUUCCCAUUCAAACCCCAGCAAGAUAUCAGACACACCGUGUGAAGAAAAAGAUGACUGGUCAGAGCACAUCAGCUCCUCUGGGAAAAAGUACUACUACAACUGCAGGACCGAGGUGUCACAGUGGGAGAAACCCAAAGAGUGGCUGGAGAGAGAGCAGAGGCAGAAGGAGACCUCCACUAAAGCAGCGCCUGUCAACAGUUUCCCCAAAGACAGGGACUACAGACGAGAGGCCAUGCAACAAGCUACAGCAGCCACUGGUUUUAAUGCUACUAAGUUGGCCCAGGUGGAGAAGCAGCCGGCACCGGCUUCUCAGUCGUCGUCCUCAGGCUCGGGCCUGAACGCCACAUCUGGCACCCCUGGUUCCUCGUCGGCCUCCACCACGGUGCCAGUGUCCCCAGUCCUGCAGUCCCCCGCCCCUGCCCCCCUGCUCCAGGACCCCUCCCUGCUCAGGCAGCUCUUCCCAGCACUUCAGACCGCCCUGCAGCUCAACAACGCCAGCGUCGACAUGGCCAAGAUUAACGAAGUUCUAACAGCGGCUGUCACUCAAGCGUCGUUACAGUCGAUGCUUCAUAAGAUCCUCACGGCCGGACCAUCGGCCUUCAGCAUCACCACUCUGCUGUCCCAAGCAGCCCAGCUUUCCAGCCAAGCCCAGCAGUCUAACCAGUCCCCCAUGUCGCUGACGUCAGAUGCAUCCUCCCCGCGCUCCUAUGUGUCUCCCAGGAUCAGCACGCCUCAAACCAAUGCCAGCCACCCCAAAGCUCUGCUCAGUACACCGCCUGUAUCCUCUCAAACCAAGGUGAGUAACAACACACCGGUGCAGAAGCAGCAGGGGUCGGCCCCCCAGCCCUCCCCUCAGCAGUCCCUCCCCAGCGACAAACACCAUGGGCACGACGUCGCCGCCUCCCCCAGGGCCCUCCAGCGUCAAGUCAGUCAGAGGAGUCCGUCCCCAGGCCACAACCACGCCCCGCCCAGCAGCAGCGCCACCACGACCACCUCCACCUCCUCCUCCAGCUCUUCCUCCUCCCGGCAGGCCUCCUGCUCCUUCACUCCCACCCUCGCAGCACACUUCAACGAGAAUCUCAUCAAACAUGUCCAGGGCUGGCCCGCCGACCACGCGGAGAAACAGGCAUCCAGACUACGUGAAGAGGCCCACACCAUGGGAAGUAUCUACAUGUCUGAAAAUUGCACCGAGCUUAAAAAUCUCCGAUCCUUAGUUCGAGUCAGUGAAAUUCAGGCGACAUUGCGCGAGCAGAGGAUAUUAUUUUUGAGACAACAAAUUAAAGAACUUGAAAAGUUGAAGAAUCAGAAUUCAUUCAUGGUCUGAGAACUUUGGUUGGAAUGGGGGAGAGACCCGUUGCACAUGGUUGGAGGAGAGCUGUUGGUUGGGAGAACUCUUCCGCGUUCUUGUUCUGUGCCCGGUCUUAACACUUUUGAGCUGCAGUUGGAUUGGCUUUGGACCGUUGGGCUGGGCGGGGACAGGGCCGGGCUAGGGGGCGAGACUGAGUGAUUGGUUGGUUGGUGUUUGUUGGGGUGGGGAAGGACUGGAGAUAAAGGGUUGAUACAAGCCGUGGCUGCGUCCCAAAUGGCACCCUAUGGCCCUCUGCGGUGCACUACUGUUGGACUAGGCCCCACAAUGCUCUGGCCGUUGCUAGUGCACUACAUAAGGAAUAGGGUGCCAUUUGGGACGCAGAUUUUGUUGGAGAUGUAGAUUUCCUGUAGAUGUUAUUCAUGUUGUAAAUAUGUUUUGUAGAUGAUUGAAGCCAUGGAAAGCCAUGCUUAUCAAGCUUUUGACAUCCAAACUAAUCAACGUUCUCCCAAGGAAGCAGCGGCUUCAGUUCAUAGCCUUCAUGUUAAACUGUCAGUGGCUGCGUUCCAAAUGGCAUCCUAACCCCUGCGUCAGGGCUUUCCAAUGGCCUUCCUGGAGAUCCAGUCCUGACCCUGAUGUGGUUCAUUUGAAUCCAGUUAGUUUCAACUGGAGUUGGGGUUAAAACAUAAUGGAGACCAGCUCUCCAGGAGCACGGUUGGAGUGCCUUGGUGUAAGGAGUGGUGUGCUGUUUGGAACACAGGUUCAGUCAGUCUGCAGACUUAAUAGAUCGGUGAACCAUUGCCUUGAGCAUGUCUAUGACCUGCAUGGAAAUGGUGGAAGAUACAUUGUUAUAAUAAUAACUUCAGUCAAAUAAUUUCAGUCAAUAAUAUCUGAAACAAAAAAGUUGUGUAUAAAAAAGGCAAACAAAGAAAAACAAAACUGUUGGUUUUCCAUUUGUAGUUUUCUGCUCUUAAAAAAAAAUAAUCCUCCGCGGAUUAAACCUGGAUUUAUUUUUCGCUACUUUCCCUCUCUGGCUGAAGUAUAAUGAUUACUUAAACACACACGUGUCCCUAAUGGCGUCCCAUUCAUUACAUCUGGUUGAAAGUGGUCACGAUAUACGGCGCAGUUGGGCCGUAUUUAAGACCAUCCUGCUCAUUUUGGAAGGUUCACCAUGUUGGCUCGCAAUGGUUCAGAGAUCUGUUUGUUCCCAGCUCCGAGUGGCCCUGUCCAACACUGCAUUUCAUUGAAAUAAAACCAACAGACCAGUGCCUGGAAGUGUGUAACGGAGUGAGAAGAAACAAAGCACAACAGUGGUGUUCUAGCCCAUCCCUUAUCCUUCCCUGGCCACACCCACUGUAUGUAGAAGCCCAGCCGCCUGGCGUAGCUCCUGUAAGGGGAAGAGCUGAGUUCACUUGAGUCGCUUUAAAAACCCUCCAGUUUUUUUUUUUUGUCUUUGGGUUGUGUGAGAACUGUACUUUUUAUUAAAAGUGAGGUGACAUCUCAGUUCAAACAAGAGUUCAUUCCUUUGUACAGUUGUUAAAGUAAUAAUGGAGUUUAAGAAGUUAAAGUUUUUAUUGAAAAGUUGCAGUGAUUGCUAGUAUAUCCGAAUGUUAUGAUUCAUAAAUUAUUACUACACAUUUUCCUUUGCAGCCUGUUGUUUUAGUGCUGCCGGGGGGGGGGGGGGGGGGGGUGUAUUAAAGCACUGGUUUGGAGGUGCCAUAGAGGCAGGCUAUGGAGAGUCUGAAAUUGCAUUGUAUUCCCCUAUUUAGUGUUCUAUUUCUGACUAGGUUGCAUAAGCAAACUAAUGGGGAAGACAGCAAUGUCAUAAUUUAUUUCAUCAGGAUGUAUACUGAGCCAAAUGGAACCCCAAGUGAAUGGGCCUGACAUGGAGGCAGUAGACCUAGUCUCUGUCUCUAGCUGAAUGACACGAUUAAAACUCUUGGCUCCAUUCGUUUUUCCUGGUCUUAUGACAUUGCCGAUGUUUACUCUUUUACUCAUAGCGUCUGGUCAAAAGAAGUGCACUAUAUAGUUAUUAGGGUGCGGUUUGGGAUGUAGAUUGGAGGUGAUUACCAACGCCAGGCUCAGAGGCAAAGCAAUGGCAGCCAGGUCACAUGGUGAAAUGUGAAAUGUACUUAUUGUAAUAAACAUGCUAAACUCAAGCGAGCACUGGUUAUUUUAUUUGACUUGUGUUUAGGGUUUUGUUUCUCGUUAUGACUUAUAACGCUAGUGCCUUGUUGAAAGUCUUAAGUCACAAAACAUUUGAUAAGAAAUAAAUAUGCCACAUUUUAUUUCAAUUUGAUCCGUUUCAAAAAGAUCUUCAACAAGCAUCUCAUACAUCAAUCUCUAGGGUCGUGUUGACACUCCCAUCCAUACUUGCAUCUUUGUAUUCGUUCCCCUGUUCAGUAUGAGUCGGCAAGGGAACGUCAGCUUCCCAAACGACAUCCUCUUCCAUAUGUAGGUCGCUACAUUUGACCAGGGUCCAUAGAGUUCUGGUCGAGUAUAAUGCGCAAAAGGAAAUGGACUUUGGUUUGGGAGACGUACAGUGUCCUGCGCUGACAGCCUGUUUUUCUUCACUGUUCUAUUCUAUUAAGUCUGUGAUUGAGCUGCACCAACACAUUCAGUAAAGAUGACCACAUCAUUGCUUUGUAUAUUGUUUUCCUCUGAAGUAUAUUGGGAAUAAAAUAAAUGAAAUAUGCCUCUA